UCCUCGCGGACUCUUUCUCGCCCCUUUCUCUCAAGUUGUCGAGUAAUAGUGGUCAAGAUGGUUCAGAAGGGAGAUGGAUAGCCCAACGUCCACAGCUUUGAUACCCAUCAAGAAGGAACCAGUCACCGUCAACCCGGAAGAAGUCCCAUCACGGAACCACGAGGCUGAAAAGAUCAAUCCCGAAAAAGCCAGGAGAAAGACUUUUCGAGAGUUGUCUACUGAACAGAAACUUCUCGCUAUAGUCAGGCACAGUGUCAAACCGUUUUCAGAUCGUCUGGAUCCUUUCGCAGCUCUGCCGGUUAACCUUGAUCGGCUGCAGGAACAUCUAAUUAGCUUCUAUCUCCUAUAUUAUCCCAAGGCAACAUAUGGCUUCAGUCCUCGACUGCGGCCGCAUCCGGUUGCCAGCAAUUUUUCCAUUGCCUUGACCACCCCAGCCUGUUUUCAGGUUAUUCUUGCGCGAUCUGCACUUUACCGGAUUGGAUUGAACAAGUAUGCUUCGGACCGCGAGAAGGAUGAACUGAAUCUUGCAGUGAUACGUCACAAAGGCGAAGCUCUGAAGAUGGUCCGAGGCUUGAGUACUACGGCGAGUCCCAAUCGGAAAGACGACCUCCUUGCUUCCAUCAUUAGCCUGGGCACUUUCGACCGACGCAAUGGCGCUCAAGAUGCUGCCGGCAUGCAUUAUUCUGCUGUGAGAAGAAUACUCAAAUCAACCGGUGGUCCGCUUGCUGUCAAUUCGGUCUUGUUGUCUCGAGUCAUGUGCUUCUUUGAAUGCAUUUAUGGCACAAGUCCUGAAAGCUAUAUCUGGGACGAAUCAGACCUGAAGCGAUUGAUCAAAGGCCUCAAUGGCUUCUUGUUGAACGUACGGGAACUCUGGCAGUCGCUUUCCAAUAUAAGUGGCCUCACAGCGCAGACAGCUGAGGACCCAGGUCCAGUACCGAUCCAUUCCUUCGGCCUGCAACCAGGCUCGGCACUGCUCUCGCUCGUGGAGAGGCAACCGCCGGCAGAUGCUGAGGUCACACAGGCCCGUCGGCUGGAAAUGGUUUUCCAGGUCACCUGUCUGCUUACUCUGGGAAUGGUCGUGGUGGACUAUGCCAACGACUUCCGCUCGUUGCAGCGGUAUAUGGACGGUCUGCAUAAGCAAAUGGACGACCUCCAGCUAAUGGGGCAGAGUUGCAACAAUGCUAUGUGGCAGAUGCAGGUCAAUGACCACAGUGAUGCUCAUAGCCGGAGAAUAUGGCGGGCGGCGUCAUUUGCCUGGGUACUCAAGCACGUCUCAUACAAUGUGCAAUUGAGCUUGAAAGAGUGGCUACUCGCAUUUUUCAAGGCACAGCCGGUGGCAGAAAAGCAGUUUCGGCUCGAUCCUUUCCAUUUUAGCUAUGCCAACUGACGGCAACGGUAGCAGCAAAAGUGAUUUGGGCUUAAGUUUGGAGUUUGGAUGAUUUGAAUAUGGAAAGGGCUGGCUGAGUUGCUGCACGGGCAAAGUCAAGAAGGAAACCGAG